GAAUACCACAUCCUAUACAAGGUUUGACUUCUAUAGUAGCAUGGAAAUGAUCUACUACCUUUACAAUGUUUUAUCUUUCAAACUUGUACGAUUGCAGCAGAUCAUAUAUUUAGAAGUUGAGUUACUCCAUCGGAAUAUCGGAUUGCUUCACUGAAAACAUAGUAGCUGCAAAAACCAACGAGGUGUUUGUAAUUCUUUUGCGUUAACUGACCGAAGCUAUCUGACACUAAAAUAGUGCGGUCGGUGCUUUGCCUCUGUUGCGUGCAAAAAAAGGAUGGCAUCAUAGUAUCAUUCAGUAACAUCGUACGUAUAGCAGCGCUGUUUUUCCGAAGCACUGGAGAGCUGAACAACGAGAUUUUCCAUCCGGAAACUUUCUUAAGGUGUUUAUUCUGUUAGAAUUAAUCCUAUCGAUAGGUUGUUUGCUAACUUUUCUUGCUUUUCUUGGGGAUUGGCUGAGCCUCUUUACAUGUCUUUUCCUUACUGCCGAAGCUACUUUUUACCUAUUACACUACGUUAAAGUACCUGUCAGUCUGAUUUUAAGUCUGCGAGUCGAGAACGAUUUUUCUCUCUCUCCAAGAUCCUAACCCACAAAGUCGAAUUCUCCACGUCAUCUACGUGGACGACAAAACAAUGCAAUACGGAUUACAAUGAGUUGUAUCUUAAACCACAUUCACAUGAUUCGUGAGCCUACGUACAAUGGUAUACAAAGUUAAAGAUGUCAGUUUGUGGCCCACGCCUGCCAGAAAGCCAAAGACAUCUACAUCUCUCUUCGCCGUAUGGAAUCAUACUGCACCGUAAUUUUUAGUUGGACAACCUAUAUAAGCGUUUUCUAAGAAUUAUGACCAAAUUGCAUAUUCUACUCAAUUUCAGUGACUAGACAUGCAUUUUGCUCUUCCAGAUAGCAACAGACACACCGUAAGCUUGGCAGGCAACGGCUUGUUCAAGUUGCAUAGUCAUCUAUAACCAUCUUUCCAGCGCACCCAAGACAAGUUCUUGGAUUGUUCAAGUUGCUUACCCCUUUUAAACCAACCGAAGGUAAGGAAUAAGAGCCCUCUUAAUUACGUCGAUUGAUCACAAUGCAUGUUGGAGUAUGUACACUUACCCUUUAAUCCCUUUCCAUUGGUCGGUUCCGUUCUGCUAAUCUAAUCGACUCCCUCCCACUCUGUCUACUUUUGUAACGUUUUGAGUGCACCGUGGCCAAACUGCUCCUACAGCAACCGUCCACCUAACUAACCAAACCAUCAAACUAACCACCCACCCAAUGACACGUCGACCCCAUCCCCGCUCCAGGCCCCACGAGUCGGUCACCUCGUCCAAACUACCCGAUUCCCUUCUCACCGCUCGGCCCCAGCUGCUGCGUGCCCGCGUCCUCCCCUGCUUCUUCUCCCCCACCCCACUGACGCUCUCUCUCACCCACGCCUACUAAUGGCUGCCGGAUCUCGCCGCCCGCCCCGCCGGAGAUGAAGCGCCGCCACCUCCCGCCGGCCCUGGCCCUCGUGCUUCUCUCCCUCUUAUCUCUCUCCUUGCGUCGCCGCACGCCCCUCCAGCCCCCGCCCCCGCCGCCGCCGCCAAUUCACGCCGCCAAGCCCGCGGCCGGCGACCCGCUCCUCCGCCGCCUCGCCGCGGCGGAAAGCGCGGGGUACUCGCAGCUCCUCGCCGACGCGGCCGCGCUCUUCGCCAACGGCUCCAUCUCCACCUUCCCCAGCCUCGGCGGCCGCUACCGCCUCCUCUACCUCCGCCUCCCGCAAACCCCUGGGGGCCCGCCGCGGCCCAGGACAAUCUCCCGCGCCCGCGUCCCCGCCGGCGCGCUCCCCUCCGACGACUCCCUCCUCGCCGCCUUCCGCGCCUCCCUCCGCUCCUUCCUCCUCUCCCACCGCCGCCUCCGCCGCGCCGGAGCCGGCAAUGUGGCCGCCGUCAUGACCGACCUCCCAUUCACCAGCGCUCUCCUCGGCCCACGGACCACGAAAGCCCCGACCUGCGCCGUCGUGGGCAACAGCGGCGUCCUCCUGGGCUCGGGCCGCGGGGCCCAGAUCGACGCGCACGGGCUCGUCAUCCGCCUCAACAACGCCCGCAUCGCCGGCUUCGGCCCCGACGUCGGCGCCAGGACAUCCCUCUCCUUCGCCAACUCCAACAUCCUCCACCUCUGCGCCUCCCAUGCCGCCGCCACCGCCCCCGGCUGCGGCUGCCACCCCUAUGGCGCCGCCGUGCCCAUGGCCAUGUACGUCUGCCAGCCGGCCCACCUCCUCGACGCCCUCAUCUGCAACGCCACCGCCGGCGCCAAUCCUUUCCGGCUCAUCCUCACCGACCCCCGCCUCGACGCCCUCGCCGCCCGCAUUGCCAAGUACUACUCGCUCCGCCGCUUCGUAACCUCGUCCUCCUCGUCCGCCGCUGCGGCGGCGGGCGGCUGGGCGAAGAAGCACGACGAGAGGUACUUCCACUACUCGUCGGGGCUGCAAGCGGUGGUAAUGGCGCUCGGGCUGUGCGAGGAGGUGAGCCUGUUCGGGUUCGGGAAGCCGCCGGGGGCCAAGCACCAUUACCACACCAACCAGAAGAAGGAGCUCGAUUUGCACGACUACGAGGCCGAGUACGAGUUCUACGGUGACCUCCAGGACCGGCCGGAGACGGUGCCGUUCCUCGACGAGGCACAUGGGUUCACCGUGCCGCCGGUCAGGCUGUACUGGUGAGGAACAUGACUACAUGAGGCUAAUUAACCAUGCGAUGUUGUAAUUUGUUGUUGUACACUUGAUUGAGGCAAAUGCCAAUUUAGUUGUUACACUUGAUUGAGGCAAAUGCCAAUUUAGUCGAGAUGGAAUUGUACAUUAGAGAGGGGCAAAGUCUCGCUGGAAUUUGUGAGCAGAGUGUAGCUCAGUUUUGUGAUCAGAAGUUCAGAUGAUUGGGAUUUGUAAGCGCUUUGUUGUAUGGGUAUUUUUUUUACUCUGUGUGUAACAUUUGUAGGGCUUGACUGAUGGAAAUGUCGAUUUAGUCAAGACAUGAUUUUGCAAAUUUUAUAAGCAGGAAUUGUAGCUCCGUUUUGUGAUCAGAAGAUUCAGAACAUCAGAUGAUUGGAAUUUGUAACCA